AUGGUUGAUAAUCCAGAUAGAUUAUGUAUAAUUUGUCUGCGUAAAUUUUCUUCUCUAUUAAAAUCUGAUCAAUUAAUAUGGAAAAAACAAAUUGAAGAACAAGUCAAUAGAGUUUAUUGUGAAGAAAAACAACAAGAUAAAUUUAAUUUAAUUGAACAACAAAAACGAAAACAUCAUCGAGGUGAAACAUGUCGAACUGAUGAAGAAUUACCAAUACAAACAAUAAAUAAUACAGAUGAUAAAAUAAUAUUACAUAAUCAACGAUUAUUUAUUGAAUAUUUUCUUUGUGGAUAUUGUCCAUUAAAUUCUGUAUUAUCAGAACAUCUUGUUAAUUAUUUAGUAAGACAUGAUCAAUUGAAUGAUUUUACAUUAUCAUUAUUUUCAUCAAAUUCAACAUGUAUUAAAAGAUUUGUAAUUAAUGUCAAAUAUUUAAGUCGUUUACAAUGUCAUAUACUUAAUCAACAUCCAAAUAUAAUUGAAUUAGAUAUUAUUUUUAAAGAUUCUAAUUCAAAUCGUACAAUAAAUAUGACAAAUGAAGGAUUUUAUCAACAUAUAUGUCCAUCAUUAUAUUCAAAAUUUGAUGAAAUUUAUACAAUAUAUAGUCCAUUUAUUUUACAUCAUAUUUAUUCACGAAUACAAACAGAAUCAAGACGAAAUUCAUUAACAAAUAAUUCAUUAUUACAAAAUUUACCGAAUUCGUCAGAUGAAUUUUCACAUCAUAAAUUAUUAAAUGGAAUAUUUAAUAAUUUACAGCCAAUAACAAUUGAACGUUUAAAAAUAUUAAGUCUAUCGCAUUAUAAAUUUUUUGCUGCUUCACAUUCAACUGCUGCACGAAAAUCUUCACUUGCUGACAUGUCACCAUUGACAAAAUGGUAA